AACCUCUGAACGGUGCUCAUGUUAUUUAUUCAUAUACUUCACAAUAAAGCAAAGCACAGUGACUUCAACUCAGUCGUCCAAACGUCUUCUUUUCUUUCUUGCUCUCUCCAACCAACCGUUCGAGUCACACCCGAUUAAUCUCAAAAAAUGUGGCGCAUCCCAACAGACACCCCCCAAAUUGCCGUCCCCAAUGGCCUCAAACUCGCCGAAGUCACAUCGAACACCCCACUAGACGAAGUCUUCAAACACUGGAAAGAAAGCGGCGGCGUAAUUCUCAAGAAUAUGCUCACAGAAGCACAAGCAAACCAAAUCACCCACGAACUCGAAGCCCGUCUAGACUCCGUCCAACGGGGCUCGCGAGUGCCGCAUCCAGAACUAGCUGCCUUCCAUGGCACAAAGACCAAGCGCGCCGGCGACAUAAUCAAUCACAGUCCGACGUUCCGCGAGCUCAUCGUGGAAAAUGACUUUAUCCACGCCAUCUGCAGGCGCACCUUCAGCGAAGGCGGUCAUAAUGGCGAUUACUGGCUUUCUGCAGCAACGACGUUGAAUGCUUUGGGGCCUCAGCCGGGACAGGUCCUGCAUCGAGAUCUGACAUCUUACCCACCGUAUGCACAGCUGGGGCCUGAAGGCACGGAGCCGCAGAUCAAUUUUCUCUUUGCGUUUUCGGAUUUCACGGAGGAGAAGGGUGCGACGAGGAUUAUUCCUGGGAGCAAUAAGUGGCCAUUUGACCAACGUGGCAAUAUGGGACAGACUAUUCCGGCGGAGAUGAAGACGGGUGAUUGUUUGCUUAUUGGUGGGAAGGUGAUUCAUGCCAUGGGCGAGAACAAGACCGAGAUGGAGCGGAAGUGUAUCCAGCUUACUGUUAUCCCGAGUUUCUUGACGCCGUCUGAGGCGCAUCCGUUUAUUAUUACGUUGGAGACGGCGAAAAAAUUGUCAAAGAGGGCGCAGAGGUUUGUUGGCUUUAGGUCACAGUAUCCGCGUGGCUCCCCGGGGCUUUGGACUAAAGAUUAUCUGGAGUUGGCGUUGCAUCUGGGGCUGGAUGAUCUUCAGGGAGCUAUGGAGCAGUUACAGGAUGUUAUCAAUCAGCCUAAGCAGUGGGAUACCAUUGACUAUGAGAAUGUUUAGAGAUUAGAAUUGCAGGCCUCUCUAUGAUGUUUGCAUUACAUUGCCUGUUGGAAAGUACAUGACAAUAUACUUAUCUGGACAAAAAUAUAACAGACGAAAAUAAGAUUAUACACUGUACCCGUAACUCGAUAAAGCUGUGUAGUCUCAAUGUGUUUCGACGGUAGGUCGCGUGAUCUCCAUUUUGCUG